AUGAGGAUUGCUACGCUGCAAUUUGCACCCCAGCUGGGAAAUGUGGAGGCAAACAUUCGACGAGCAGACCAGCUGUUGAAGCUGACGUCCAGGGAUAUCUCCGAUGGUCCGGGAAUUGAAGAAUUGCGACCAGAUAUUCUGGUCUUGCCGGAAAUGGCAUUCUCUGGAUAUAAUUUCUCAUCUAUAGAGGCUAUUAGGCCGUAUCUGGAAGUUCAGAAUGAAGGACCAUCUGCCCAGUGGGCGAGGAGAACUGCCUCGCGGCUGAAAUGUAAAGUCUGUAUAGGCUAUCCAGAGGUGUCCAGGAAUGAUACAUCGACCACAGAAAGUGACGCUGAAAAAACAGAGACAUUUUACAACUCGAUGAUCCUCUUUGACGAGACCGGGAAGUUCGUCCACAAUUAUCGCAAACGUUUUCUUUAUUACACCGACGAGAUCUGGGCGUCUGAAGGCGAACCGGAAUGGAGCUUCAAAUCACUCGAGUUCAACACAGAUCCGACCAAGAUGGAUGGAUUAAAAUUACACGUUCCGACCACGUUUGGGAUCUGCAUGGAUAUCAACCCGUAUAAAUUCGAAGCACCGUUCACGGAAUGGGAAUUUGCGAAUCGGGUUCUUGAUUCGCAAUCUCAUCUGGUUAUUCUUCCGACAUCCUGGCUCGUGGCUGAUGCGGCUAUCGUCGAUAGCAUGCCUGGGCAGCUACCUGACAUGGAUACGUUCAAUUACUGGAUUCGCAGAUUCUGGCCCUUGAUUGAUAAAAAGAUAAACUAUAGUAGGCCACUAGAAGGAUUUUCAACGCCAACGGAAAAGAAUAUAGUCCUCAUCUUUGCAAAUCGAACCGGCUUUGAGAGUGGAGCUGAUAUUGUCCGUGAUGCUACGUAUGCAGGCACCAGCACGAUUGUUACGAUUACACAAAAGAUAAUUUCUGGCUCUCAAACGGAACCAGAGGACUCACAACAGGACGAGAAUGCGGGAUCAUUCGAAGUCAAGAUACAUUGCUGGGACAUCAAAGGCGCGCGAGAAGAAGGCAUAUGCUUUGCCGACACUACGACAGAGCCGAAAAUGACCUUUGUCACGAAGACACGCUCAGAUGACGGCAAUUAUGAUAGUGAAUAG